UUCAUAAAUGGGACCCGAGCGCCAGGCAGCCAGAGCCCGAGCGCCAGCCGAGGGAGAGGCAGGGACGGCGCGCGCGGGCCGAGGCGAGGAGGCGACAGGGGCUCCCCACGCGGGGCCAGGCGGGGCGAGAGCGGGAGGAGCCCGGUGCCGCGGCCCAGGAAGGGGCGAGGCUCGCGGGCCGGCGGGAACCACCCCGGGGGCGCCAGUCCCGGCCAGGGUGCUGGCGUCGCGGACCCACCGACGCAGGGCACACGCCCCGCGCCACCCCACCUAGGCGCGCCCGCGUCCCCCGCGCCCACCGCGGCCACCCCCUGCCUCCACCGUUGCUUCUCCGCCUCCGCCUCUCCAGGGCGCCCGCGUUGCGGGAUUCUCUGCUGAGGGUCUCUUUCUCAAUCCUCCUGUGUGUGGCCUAACAGAAGUCAGAGGUGAUGAAGUCGAUCCUAGAUGGCCUUGCAGACACCACCUUCCGCACCAUCACCACAGACCUCCUCUACGUGGGCUCGAAUGACAUUCAGUACGAAGACAUCAAAGGCGACAUGGCUUCCAAAUUAGGGUAUUUCCCACAGAAAUUCCCCCUGACUUCUUUUCGGGGCAGUCCCUUCCAAGAGAAGAUGACAGCAGGAGACACCCCACAGCUGGGCCCCGGGGCUGACCAGGGGAAUAUCACUGAGUUCCUCAAUAAAUCUCUGUCAUCCUUCAAGGAAAACGAGGAGAACAUUCAGUGUGGGGAGAACUUCAUGGACAUGGAGUGCUUCAUGAUCCUCAACCCCAGUCAGCAGCUGGCCAUCGCUGUGCUGUCCCUCACUCUGGGCACCUUCACGGUGCUGGAGAACCUGCUGGUGCUGUGUGUGAUCCUGCACUCACGCAGUCUCCGCUGCAGGCCGUCCUACCACUUCAUUGGCAGCUUGGCCGUGGCAGACCUCCUGGGAAGUGUCAUCUUUGUCUACAGCUUCGUUGACUUCCACGUGUUCCACCGCAAAGAUAGCCCCAACGUGUUCCUCUUCAAACUGGGUGGGGUCACAGCCUCCUUCACAGCGUCAGUGGGGAGCCUGUUCCUCACGGCCAUUGACAGGUACAUAUCGAUUCACCGGCCUCUGGCCUAUAAGAGGAUCGUCACCAGACCCAAGGCUGUGGUGGCCUUCUGCCUGAUGUGGACCAUCGCUAUUGUGAUUGCUGUCCUGCCGCUCCUGGGCUGGAACUGCAAGAAACUGCAAUCUGUUUGCUCAGAUAUCUUCCCACUAAUCGACGAGACCUACCUGAUGUUCUGGAUCGGUGUUACCAGCGUGCUGCUGCUGUUCAUUGUGUAUGCAUACAUGUACAUCCUCUGGAAGGCUCACAGCCACGCGGUCCGCAUGAUCCAGCGAGGCACCCAGAAAAGCAUCAUCAUCCACACAUCAGAGGAUGGCAAGGUCCAGGUGACCCGGCCAGACCAAGCCCGCAUGGACAUCAGACUGGCUAAGACUCUGGUCCUGAUUCUGGUGGUUUUAAUCAUCUGCUGGGGCCCUCUCCUUGCGAUUAUGGUGUAUGAUGUCUUUGGGAAGAUGAACAAGCUCAUUAAGACGGUGUUCGCCUUCUGCAGUAUGCUCUGCCUGCUGAAUUCUACCGUGAACCCCAUCAUCUAUGCUCUGAGGAGCAAGGACCUGAGACAUGCCUUUCGGAGUAUGUUCCCCUCAUGUGAAGGCACAGCUCAGCCUCUUGAUAACAGCAUGGGGGACUCAGACUGCCUGCACAAGCAUGCUAAUAAUGCAGCCAGUGUUCAUAGGGCUGCAGAGAGCUGCAUCAAGAGCACAGUGAAGAUCGCCAAGGUGACCAUGUCUGUAUCCACAGACACGUCUGCCGAGGCUCUGUGAGCCUGAAGCCUCCCUGGCCGCACAGGAAAAAGAAAUUUUCUUUUUU